AUGGCACCUAGUCGACUUACAGAAGAGGAUGAAGUAGCUGUCCCAGAGAUCAGCUACGACAUUAACCUUCCAUACAGCCAGGUAUCCGAUGAAUACGAUCAAAACUCAAAACGUCGAACAGAAUUUCCAAGUUACCUUCCAUCGUGGGAAGACGAUGUCUGGUUCGACGAAGUUCAGCCUUUCGAGUAUCAUGAUCCAGCUCUUCGAGCUAAUAAGUCCAAGCCAAACCUUUUCAAGAGUGGUGUGAAAGCCAAGCACAUCACGCCAAAAAUGGGAACCAUUCUGAGUGGCGUAAAGAUGGAGGAGCUCUCCGAUGCCGGUAGAGACGAGCUUGCUCUUUUGAUAACCGAACGAAAAAUUGUUGUUCUCCGAGAACAAACCGACUUUCUCCACGCCGGCCCCCAAUUCCAACAAGAUUUCAUGUCAUAUUUCGGACCGUUGAGCAUUCAGCCUGUAUCUGGUUCCGUCAAAGGACAUCCUCCCUUCCAUGUCAUUCAUCGCGAUCACAACGAAGAGGAAAUCGCGAGUUUCUUUAAGCGCAAAUUGACAUCCACACUCUGGCAUCAUGAUGUCAGCUACGAAAAACAGCCUCCUGGAUACAUUAUGCUUGGCAUAUUAGCCUGCCCCGACGUUGGCGGUGAUACCGUCUUUACCGAUACAGUGGAAGCCUACAAACGUCUCUCACCUACCUUCCGCGCCAUGAUCCAAGACCUCAAGGCAAAUCACUCCUCCCAAAAGAUGAUCGGCUAUGCCCGCGCCGCACGAGGGACCGUCCGAACCGACCCGAUCGAUUCCCUACACCCAAUCGUUCGCGUACAUCCCGUCUCGGGCGAAAAAGCCCUCUACCUCAACUCCGAAUUCUUGACCGAUAUCAUCGGGCUCAAGGAUGGUGAGAAAGACAUGCUGACGAAAUUCUUGAUCGAUCAUAUUUGCAUGGGACAUGAUUUCCAGGCAAGAGUAGGGUGGGAAAAACACUCGGUGGUGAUGUUUGAUGGGAGAAGCACUCUUCACACCGCAACCGUCGACUACGAUUCCCGCAUACAAGCGCGUCACCUGUUCCGCUUGGCAGCCAUGACGGAAAAACCCAUGUCGGUCGCUGAGUGGGAAGCACACCUCCACGACGAUAAAUCCUCCGAAACAUCCGAAUCAUCGGGCUCGAGCGUGAGCUCGGAUUAA